UUGAGCAUAGAAACAAAAAAUUCUCUUCUCUGUUGCUUAUCUCUCACGUUUCCCUUUCAACCUCACUCCUUCAUCACUCACUCUUUCCGUUUUGCGCCGGCGGGAACUAACCGUCAUUCCGGUAACCCUUUUACCUGAAUUUCAUCAUUCAACGAUCAAUUUCCAAUCUUUAAUUUUUUUGGGGAUAAUAACAAUUUUCAAUAAAAUAGGGUUAGGUUAAUUCCAUGGCGAUUUCAUCUGGGACUGGUAACCAUCAAGAACAACAUGCUCAUGGCAAUUUGGAUCCUGCUAUAUAUUGGACCCCCGAAGAACAAGCUACUCUUGAAGAUUUACUCACAGAGUAUGCCUCAAUAUCGAACAUAACAUUACGUUAUGCAGAGAUAGUUCCAGCGCUAAAUGAUAAGAGCGUUAGGGAUGUGGCACUGCGAGUCAGGUGGAUGAACGUAAACAAGAAAGAAGAUAUCAGGAGAAGGAAGGAUGGUCACAAUUUGGCACGAAAAAGUAAAGGCAAAAAGAUGCUUACCAAAAGUCAGGAAAGGGUGUCUGACCCUGCAGCAAAAUCAUCUCAAUUUUCUGCUGCUCGACCCAAUGUCCCUCCAUAUGCGCAACCAAUGAUUCGAAUUGACAAUGAUAAUGCCAUCCCAUAUGCAGCAAUUGGAGGUCCUACUGCUGAGCUAUUAGAGCAACAUACACGAGCCUUGAGCCAAAUCUCUGCAAAUCUUUCCUCUCGCCAGAUAUAUGAGAACCUCUAUCUUUUGUGCCGAAUUAGAGACAACUUCUUUAGAAUAAUAAUGAAUGAGAGGAAGGAUUCAUCAGAAGUGAUGAAGAAAAUGCCAUCUCCUCCUUGGAAUAUGAAUGAAGAGCUGGCCAAUUACAUACUUCCAUUAUUUCUUUACCAGCCUCAGUAACGAUCCUUUUUAUUCAGCGAUAACAGGCUUACCUCUUCAUUGUUUCUUUCUCUGGUGGGAAAACAGAAGAAAGAAUGAAUAAUUGUUCACAAUCUUCAAGCUGAAUUAGUUUUCAUAAUUUUUUACUUUUGAUGUUAGCUUAUCUUGUUCCCUAGUUUUUCUCUAACUUAGUGGUACAAUAGGAAUUAUUUGUAUUCAUGAUAUUGAUUAAUUUAAAUUUAAGAAGCAAUAAGAGCAAUAAGUUGUAGUA